CCCCCCCACCCUCUCGCUUCAAAUCUACUGACCGUUUUGUCCCUUCCGCUCUUUCUUCUCUCUCUCUCUCUCUCUUUCUGUGAAACGAUGAGAACCCAGUAGCGAAAAGGUCGGUCUCUGCGCGAACCCAAGGCACAGUGAGCGAAAAUCGUUGUGGGUUUAGAGGAAAGAAGGGAUGGGUUGCUUUCUUGCUUGUUUUGGUUCCUCCAAAGAUGGGAGGAAGCGAAUGAAACAGGGUCGGAACAAGGUUCAGCCUCGUGACCACCAAAGAAUUGUCAGUUGUACGCCUGUGCAAUCUGCUGUAUCUCAGGGCACCUCCGAAAAUCCCAUCUACAACUCCGUUUCACAAGUCCCGGAUGAGCCUGGGAAAGAGUUGAGCUUUAGGACCAGAAAGAAAGUUACAUUUGACUCCAAUGUCAAAACCUAUGAACGUGUCUCGUGUGAUGAAGCUCCAAACUUUUCACUGGAGAGUGAAGGCGGGGGAAAGAAGAGGGAGGAGGAAAAUCUAGCAAAAUCAAACCUAUCUAAGUCCUUCUCAGAAGAUAGUUCAAUCACGUCAAGCUCGGGACCUUAUCCUCCGAAUCAUCGGUACCAGAAUUGGAGGGACAGUGAUGAUGAGUAUGAAGGACUAGACCAUGAGGAUAGUGAUCUUGAUGAUGAAGACGAAGAUGAUGAUGACGAGGAGGAGGGACUGGAGGUUAAUGGUUUGUUUGAGGAUGAUGAUGGAAUUGUGGAAUCGAGGAGGGCAGCUCGUAUUUUUACUGAGGAGGUUGAUUGUUCUGUGCCAAUAUGUGGUUUGCAAAAUGGAGAACCGAAGCCAGUUGGGUCUAACCCAUAUGCUCGAGAUAGAAGUAUGUAUGUUCAUCCUGUGCUGAACCCAGUAGAAAAUCUUACUCAGUGGAAAGCUGUUAAAACUAAAGGGACACCACCAUUGAGGCCUUUGAAAGAGAAUCUUGUCUCAAAUGAACAACCCAGAGUUUCUUUUGGUUCAGAGCCAGGUUUUAAGGAAUUAUCAUUUAGUUUUAAGUCAAAAACCGAUCAAGCCAAGAAGUCAAUGCAAGAAAUAGCAGUCGAUGCUAGCUUAUCCAACUGGUUGGUUUCAUCCGACACGACUCCCGUCAAUAAGACCAGCACAAUUGGUCUUAAUACCACCACCAUCACACCCGAGAAAAGCAUGUCACAAGGAUCAAACUCAUGGAGGAGCCAAGAUGAUAGACCUAUUUUAGGAGCAUUGACUGUCGAAGAGCUCAAACAGUUUUCAGCUUCUUCUUCACCAAGGAAGUCUCCAAUUAGAAGCCCUGAUGAGAUGCCCAUAAUAGGCACUGUUGGGACCUACUGGAAUCACACCACGAAGGAUUCUGGCUCUGUCUCUUCCUACAAAGGAAUACCAAACACAACUAGCAAGUACAAAGAGGAUAAGAGAGUGAAUUGGCACUCUACCCCAUUUGAGACAAGGUUGGAGAGGGCUUUGAAUAGGGGUGUUGCUUAAUAAUCUCUUCUCAUACUCCUGGUGUACGUUAGACAAAGAUUGUGUGUGAUAUCGUGUGGGAGAUUUGUUUUGUGUUUCUAGCAACUCAUUUGUCUAUUCUUUUGUGAAGCUCAAUUUGGUUGUAUGAUAUUCGCUUGCUGUUGUAAUUUCUUGACGGUUUAAUACAAUUCAAUUUAUUCUUUUGUUUCA